GGGGGAAGCCUCGGUGUCCCGUGUCACUCUGCUUUCUCCCUGCCCGUGUGGGGCUGCUCCCCACUGUCCUGUUACAGGGCAGGCUGCAGAUAUCUCAUGAGCAUCACGAGUUCAGCCCUGUGGCUCCACAUCAGAACCCUCCCUGUGUAAUUCCCUGCGAUGUGACUCCGCUUUCUCAUUGCCAUGUGCCCUGGUCUGAGUGUGCGUGUCUGGCAGCUCCCACUCAGAGCCCUGGGCUGCUGUGUGCUGCACAGGGAUAACGCGGCUGCGUUUGCAGGCUGAGUUUGACCCAGACAGUUUGGGGGAAGUAACAGUCAAACAUUUCACCACUUGCACCUUUAUCUAAUAAUUUUUCCUGUCUCUUCGCAAUUGUAUCCAGUGGAUUGUGAAACUUCUCCAUGCUUGUACUGCUCUCUUGCGGUAGUUUUUAAGUUUUGUAUUGGGCAAACUUUGUUCAUCACAAAUCAGACCCUCUCAGUCUUCAGUCAGGCCUGCGGCCCUGCUCUGCGCAGCGAGGAUCACUUUGCCUGAAGGACACUGACAGGGCCAAAUGCCACAGUCACCAGAAAAUGUGCCCUGGGCUUUGUUUGUGGGGAAUGCCUGCAUGGAGGUGUCGUGUCCCAGGGGUAGCAGCGUGGUUCUGGGGACUUGGCUGGCCUAGCUGAGCAUCACUGCCCGAGCUGUCUGUUCACCAGCCUUUCCUGGGUUCCUCCUGUGCAGCAAACCUGGGAUUGUUUGAUGGCUUUUUCCAACUUGGUUGUUACAGCGUCUCUAGACAUAUCUUCCUCCCUCCUUGGUCAAGGCUACACUGUCUGGCAUUCCUUCCCUGGCAGGCUAGGAGGAAACUGGAGUUGUUCUUGCAGGUUAUGCAGCUGUACAGAGGCUGUAGUUCUCCUCGUAGGCCAGUGGUGUGUGUGCGUGUGUUUCUGAAGUACUGGAAACUGGCUUUCAGAUUGGCAUGGGAAGAGUCCUCAUCACAUACUGAAGGACAGACCUGGGGGCUUUUUCUUCUGGUUUCAGGUAUGUUUCAGAUAAAAGGUAUCAAGAAAAGAGGACAAAGAAAAUUGAAAUGUUUUGAGCUAAUCAGGCAGGUUUUGCUUCCUUGGUGCAUAUUGCUGUUUUAUGUUUUUAUUUCUGUGCCCAAGGCUGAGAGUGGGCCAGAAUGUCUCAAACCAGACUUUUCUGUGCUGAGAGCCUGUCAGUUCCCUCACUGGGGGUCAAACUCUCUCUAGAUUUGUCUGUGUAAUUCCCUCACACCUCUUCUCCUGUUGCGAAGCUAGAUUAAGAAGCCUGUCCCUUUGGUUUGGUAUCUACUUGGAUAUAAUAGCAGUGGAGACAAUAGCAGAAAGAUGCUUUAGACCGCUUCAUUGAAACAGUCUAGGCUAUAAAACACCCCACGCUUUAACUGGCUGUUUCUAAACCAGACUCAUUUCCCCGCUGUGGUUUAUAGUGUGAUACUGACAGUUGCUCCUAUAGCUGAAAGGAUGAGAAACUAUGAUGCAGGGGCAGGAGUGAAGGCGGGGACUUCUCAGCUUCAUUGCUGAGGAGUACAGAGCUGUGGCUCUGCUGUUACCGUGCAGUAGGUCUUCUUUGGAAGGCCUGGGAGCUCUGUUGAUGGAGAGAAGUUGAUGUUGGUGGAGACUGCCGGGAAUGUUCAAGGAAAUGCCUUGGGAGCUUGUGGGGCUGCGAUGCAGUGUUUUAAUGCUCGUGGUUCUCAUAGACUCUUUCUGUUCAACUGUCACGCUCCUCUGGGGUCUUGUGCCGGGGCCAGAAGCGGCAGGGCUGCGAGUCCCUUCUCUGCGUGUUCACAAGGGCCUGCAGUGCCCUUAAGCUGUGGGAGACAUCUGCCCAAAGGCAGCCUGAGCAGCGCUGUGCAGCUCGUCAUGGAUUUUGCUCCAUGCUCUGGACCUUUUGCCUCUGGCUGAGCUGCUGUGCUCUCCAGUCGCGGUGAGGUCAGCCUGCUGCGUCUUGGCAGUGCCGGAGGCAAGUGCUGAGUCAGCUCUUUAUUUUAGACUUCCCUGGGGCACUCCCUCUGUGACAAAGCUGCAGCCCUGGAUUUUCUGCCUAAUCAGGCUGGAGUCCCUAACCUCAUCUGACACCGAGCUCUGGCAUCCUGAAAGCAGUGAGGAAAGUGCAAAAUCCCCUGUGGACUUGGAUGGAUUGGGCCUUCGUUCCUCAGCCCAGCUGGUGUGUGUGGAGGGAGGCGUCCGUCCUGCGCAGGGAGGAGUGUGGUGGGCUUGCUUGCGUUUGCAGAGUGAAGUCAUGACUAGAAUCCAGCUCUCCUGUGUCUUGGUCCUGUGCCCUGGUGCCCAAAAGGUCUACUUCCCUCCCCGUCGCCUGGCCGGCAAAGAUGCUGCUGUGAACAACUGACUUCCUCUUCUGUGCUGGCGUUCGCCUCCCAUGCUAUGGCUCUACAUGGCCUCUGCAGGGCCAGAACGCAAUAAUCCAGGCCCCAAACAGGAGAAGAGCUUCAGACUUGGGUCAGGCACCCCACAGGCAGAGAGAGCCCUGCCGCGCCGGGCCUGUCACCUCACUCGGCAGCAGGUGAAACCUGUCUGGAAUACAGAGGGGAAGCAUGUGAGUACUUUCCAGGAUCACAGCCUGCUGCUCUCAGGAAUCAGUCCGCAGCAAUCUUUCUUCUUGUACCCACCAUCAUUAUGUGAUGUGCACCCUGGUGAAAGUGCUCUCCUGAGCCUGCCCUUGGCCCAGCCCUGCCCAGAUCUCAGUGGGAGCACUCUGCUCUAUCGGCGCUCCAGCCUCAGAUCCAAGCCCUACAGGUUUCCUUUCCGAAGCUCUCAGGUCACCAGCUCUGCCACGGGAAGGGUGAUGUCCUCCUUGCUGAUGGAGCCCUGCCUGUUGCCUGCACUGACUGAGGAGCGCUCUGGGCCUGAGGCAAAAGGCUCUGCCCUUGGCUCAGGUAAGCAGGCUUCCGGCUCAUACAGACCAGUGCUCAAUAAUAACUCCUUCCUACGGCCAAGCAAUACUCAAGUGCCUUUGCCGCAGUCACCAGAGAUCAAGAAAUUGAAGAACAUCCACAGCUUUCCUGCUGUCUCCUGGCCCCACUCUGGGGAUGGUGGGGACUAUUCCCCUGGCAGCCUUGUGAAUGGAGCAGUGAAAAGCAGCCACCUUAUUUCAGAGCAAACCACCAUCCCCUCCCUGACCCCUGUGUCCAGCGGAGUGAUCCUCAGGAAGGACCGUUGCUCUUGGCCGCUGGAGGAUACUGAAAGGAGACUGCAGAGCUUAAAGGACAAGAGGCCAGAGAUCAGCCUUACAGAGACUGUGCAGAAGCUGGCUGGACAGGUUACUGCUUUGGACAACUUUGGACAUGAAGUCAGAAGCUCUCGCCUUAUGAACAUGGGCAGCCUGUCCAAUAGGAAGAGCCGGUGGGGACAACACAUUAUAGCACAGCUCACCCCAAAAGAAACCAUUGCCCCCCUGAAUCUGGAGAUGGGUAGCCAUUGCCUUAAUGGUAACUCAAGCCUUAUAGGCACCGAUGGUGCCGUCGUCUGCACUAAACGGAUCAGUGUUCAUCUCUUAGCCUCACGCACUGGCUCCCCCAACCACAGUACUGACUGCCAGCUUGUGAAUAUACUGACCAUGCGCAGUGGGGACCAGGCGGUGAGAGCAGAGCCUCCACACCUUGCUGCUGUCUCUGAAGUAGCAACUCAGAUAUCCACCAUCCAACUGGAGAAAGAAGGGAAAUGCUCCCAGGCUGUGCUCCCAGGAAAGCUUGAUGUCACUGCUGGGCAGUUGCCGCUGGAGGUGAGCCGUCCUGAGGAGGAUGCAGAGGAAGAACUUCCUGAUGGCUUGGAUGAGAGCUGCAGCCAGGAGGAGGAAGAGGACAGUGAGUCGGACGCUUCAUCCGUUGCUGGUCUGUCGCCCAAUGGCUCCGUGGCUCUUAUUUCCAGCUUCUUCUCUCCUAGAAACUGCAUCAAGUGCCUGACCCCACCAGCUGAGGCUCAGGAGCAGGUACUCAGACCAGCUCUUGUCUGCAGUUUAUUCCCUAAUGUGCCUCCAACCAUCUACUUCAGUACUCGGGAUGAGAGAGUGGAAAAGCUGCCUUGGGAGCAGAGGAAGCUGCUGCGAUGGAAAAUGAGCACAGUCACACCAAACAUAGUGAAGCAAACCAUUAGCAGGUCCCACUUCAGAGUGAGCAAGAAAAGCAAUGACUGGCUGGGCUGCUGGGGCCACCACAUGAAAUCACCCAGCUUCCGAGCCAUCAGGGAGCACCAGAAGCUAAACCACUUCCCUGGUUCAUUUCAAAUUGGGAGAAAGGAUCGUCUGUGGCGCAACCUGUUGAAGAUGCAGACUCGCCAUGGGAAGAAGGAAUUUAACUUUUUCCCCCAGUCCUUCAUCCUGCCCCAGGACAUAAAGCUGCUGAGGAAGGCAUGGGAGGAGGGAGCUAGCCGCCAGAAAUGGAUUGUGAAACCACCAGCGUCAGCGAGAGGCAUUGGCAUCCAGGUCAUCCACAAAUGGAGCCAACUCCCCAAAAGGAGACCACUGCUGGUGCAGAGAUAUCUGCACAAACCCUACCUCAUUGGCGGGAGCAAAUUUGACCUGAGGAUCUACGUUUAUGUCACUUGCUACGAUCCCCUCAGGGUCUACCUGUUCAAGGAUGGAUUGGUUCGCUUUGCUAGCUGCAAGUACUCCUCCUCGAUGAAGAGCCUCAGCAACAAGUUCAUGCACUUGACCAACUACAGUGUGAACAAGAAGAAUACAGAGUACAAGUCCAACUCAGAUGAGACUGCUUGUCAGGGACACAAAUGGGCUCUCAAAGCACUCUGGAGUUACCUGACCCAGAAGGGAAUUAACAGUGAGACUAUCUGGGAGAAGAUUAAAGACAUCGUUAUUAAAACCAUCAUUGCAUCUGAGCCCUAUGUGAACAGCCUGGUGAAGAUGUAUGUGCGGCGCCCAUAUUGUUGCCAUGAGCUGUUUGGGUUUGAUAUCAUGCUGGAUGAAAACCUCAAGCCCUGGAUCUUAGAGGUCAACAUUUCCCCCAGCCUCCACUCAAAUUCCCCUCUGGACGUGAGCAUCAAGGGCCAGAUGAUUCGGGACCUCCUCAACCUUGCUGGCUUCGUACUGCCCAGCAUGGACAGUAUAGCCUCAAGGCCAGGAACUGGAAGCAGCUCUACCCCCAGUCAGGGCAGUGCUGUGAAGGAGAAGCCCAAGCCAGCCUCUGAGCUUUUUACAGCAGAGAAGAUGAAGAGAGCAUAUUACUUGACACAGAAGGUACCUGACCAGAUUGUGCCCCUUUGGGGACAGCCAGAUGAUGGGGACCAUUUGGGCUCCAGUGGGUUACAAGACACAUGGUCAGAAAUAAGACAGGUCCCAGGCACACGAACAUCUCUGCCUGAAAGGGAUUUUUAUUCUUCUGUCUUGGACAUCCUGACCCCAGAUGAUGUUCGCAUCCUGGUGGAGACAGAGGACGAGUAUUCCCGCCGCGGGCAGUUUGAGCGGGUGUUCCCCACCCACAUCUCCAUGCGGUACCUGCGCUUCUUUGAACAGCCUCGUUACUUCAACAUCCUGGUGACCCAGUGGGAACUCAAAUACUACUUGAAUAAACACAAAGGUCUGGAGCUAUUGAGGAACUGGUGUGUCAAAGGAUACCACACUGGGGCAGGGAUGGAUUUGGCCCAGAUGUGGUCGUUGCCGAAGUCUUUCUUCCUCCAGAAAAGCAAUGUUCAAUCAAAUGGCUUCAGCAAACUGGAACUGGGCAGACUGGGAAAGCCUGUGCCAAGAUCCUUCCCUGCUGCCCUCCCCCAGCCUCGGGGCCUGAAGAAAGCCGCAGGCUCACACGUCACCACUGCUCGCCUGCAGAAAGAGGCCACAAAUACCAGUGUGGCCACCAUCUGUAGUGGGGCCAGUACAGCUGCCAGGGAGGGAGCAUCCUCUCAAGGCUCUUGGCUCUGCUGCGUAACCCUGCAAUGUGUGCACAGGCGCCAUAGGCUGGUGCUAUUCUUGUGGGCUCUGAUCUCCGUUUUCCCUUUGUUUCUCAAGGAUCUCCAUUAAAGUUUAGCACUCUCAGCUGUUCCCAUGGA